ACCCCCCCCAUGAUUCAUUUUCAAGUUUUGCUUUCAGAAUUAGCUAAAAACCACCUGGCAUGCUUUUUACGAAAAUGGAAUGGAGGGGUUGGAAAUACUGAAAAUGGCUGAAGCCGGUUCGAGUAAAACUGUUGUUCUUGCAUACAGUGGUGGUCUAGACACUUCGUGUAUUUUAGUAUGGCUAAAGGAGCAAGGGUUUGAUGUUAUCUGCUACAUGGCUGAUGUAGGUCAAGAUGAAGAUUUUGAAGCUGCUAGAAAAAAAGCUACGAAUCUUGGUGCAAAAAAGGUGUUUAUUGAAGAUUUGAAGGAGGAAUUUGUCAAAGAUUUUAUUUUCCCAGCCAUUCAAGCCAAUGCUAUCUAUGAAGAUAGAUAUCUUAUGGGAACAUCUAUUGCACGCCCAUGCAUUGCAAAGCGACAGAUUGAGAUUGCAUUGAAGGAGAAUGCAGGAUAUGUAUCUCAUGGUGCAACUGGAAAGGGCAAUGACCAGGUCAGGUUUGAGAUGACAUACUAUGCAUUGUUUCCAAAUGUACAGACAAUCUCUCCUUGGAGGCUGCCAGAGUUCUUGGAUAAAUUCAAGGGAAGAACUGAUCUUUUUGAAUAUGCAAAGGCUCACGAUAUCCCACUACCAGUUACACCCAAGAAUCCAUGGAGCAUGGAUGCUAACCUGAUGCACAUCAGUUAUGAGUCAGGCAUCCUUGAAAACCCAAAGAAGUGAGCAUGGAGUUGGUAGGAUCGACUUGGUGGAAAACAGAUUUGUUGGAAUGAAGUCCAGAGGGAUCUACGAAUGUCCAGCGGGAACCAUCUUGAGAGCUGCUCACCUUGACAUCGAAGCAGUUACAAUGGACAGGGAGGUUCGUAAGAUCAAGCAGAGUCUUAGCGCACGUUUUGCAGAUCUUGUGUACAACGGGUACUGGUAUAGCCCUGAAGGUGACUUUGUCAGGUUCUGCAUCGAGAAGAGCCAGGAGAAUGUAGAGGGGAUAGUCAAGAUGGCUAUUAGUAAAGGAAAUGUGUACGUCAAAGCGCGCGAAUCCAAGGCAUCACUCUACAAUGAAGAACUCGUCAGUAUGGAUGUGAUCGGUGAUUAUAAUCCUGCUGACGCAGCUGGUUUCAUCAAGAUUAACGCACUCAGGCUACGAGAACACGCUCGUUUGAGGAAAGCACUGGAAAAACAAUGAAUAUCAAGGACCGUAGUAAGCAAACACAAACACAGGACAAGAUAAGUUGUAUCUAUCAUGAUCUCCUAUGAAUUAAAAUGAAAGAAAAGAAAA